UCCGGGGCACGGCAACGGGGCGUCUGGGCCGCUCUGCUGCGACCGGACCCGGCUGUGGUCGCGGAGCCAACGCGGGGACCGUGGGUCACGCGCCGCGUCACCCGAGCCCUGGGCCCCGGCUCGUCCAGGAGGCGGCGGCGGGGGCGCGACGCCGCCAGCCUGCCACGCCCAGGGAGGCGCCCGGGCCCUCAUCAAGUGACCAGCAUCCCUUCCAGGAGUCCUCGGUCUUUCGGAGGGAAGCGCGCUCCAGCCUGCGGCCCCGGCGCCAAGCCGCCGUCAUCUCCUUCCUGUGCCGGGUGAUCUGUCUCCUCACCCACCCGGAAAAACAUAGUCCGCCCCUCGUGUCCUUGUGGAACGGCGCUAGCCGCGCACUGGGCGCGCCUCUCCUUGCCUGCAGCCUCGUCCUGCCCAGGCCAAACCCUUCGGGACCCACCGAGAGGAGAAACCUGCCCUAGGAGGAGACCCCGGGGUAGAAGAAAGAGAGGAAGCCGAGAGGAAGGGAGAGGCGAGGCCGGCGGAGGGACACCAGGGCGUCCGCGCAGUGCGCACGCGCGCCUCCGAGAACGAGUUCCGGUCUGGCCGAGGCCUGACUCCUAAAAAUAGCCCCGGUGUGGGGAUUCGUGCGCGGAUGUCCCGGCGAGUCCCGGGCUGAAGGAGGCGGCUCCGGGCUGCGCGGAGUGCUGUGGCGGGCCGGGCCGGGGCUGCGGCGUGUGCGCGCCCGCCGGCUGUGGCGGAGACUCGGAAUUGCAUCUUGUAGAAAAAGAACAAAGAAGAAUUUUCUGCAUCAAAUAUUUUUAAGAAAAUUACAGCAGCAGCCUUGGACUAGAAGGUUAAAUAAUAGAACGUGUGUACAAUGCAUUAGGAUAUUAAAGAAAAUUAGUUUUUGAAUUAUUUGGAAUAUAAGGAAGAAAAGGUGACUGAAAAUGGGGCGGAAGAAAAUACAAAUCACACGCAUAAUGGAUGAGAGGAACCGACAGGUCACUUUUACAAAGAGGAAGUUUGGAUUGAUGAAGAAAGCCUAUGAACUCAGUGUGCUCUGUGACUGUGAAAUAGCACUCAUCAUUUUCAACAGCUCUAACAAGCUGUUUCAGUAUGCCAGCACUGACAUGGACAAAGUUCUUCUCAAGUACACAGAGUAUAAUGAGCCUCAUGAAAGCAGAACGAACUCGGAUAUUGUUGAGACUUUAAGAAAGAAAGGCCUUAAUGGUUGUGAGAGCCCUGAUGCUGACGAUUACUUUGAGCACAGUCCACUCUCGGAGGACAGAUUCAGCAAACUAAAUGAAGAUAGUGAUUUUAUUUUCAAACGAGGCCCUGCUCUGAACAAGAAGGAACACAGAGGGUGCGACAGCCCAGACCCUGAUACUUCAUAUGUGCUAACUCCACAUACAGAAGAAAAAUAUAAAAAAAUUAAUGAGGAAUUUGAUAAUAUGAUGCGGAAUCAUAAAAUCGCACCUGGUUUGCCACCUCAGAACUUCUCAAUGUCCGUCACAGUCCCUGUGACCAGCCCUAAUGCUUUGUCAUACACUAACCCAGGGAGUUCACUUGUGUCACCGUCGUUAGCAGCCAGCUCAACAUUAGCAGAUUCAAGCAUGCUGACUCCACCGCCAGCCACGUUACAUAGAAAUGUAUCCCCUGGAGCUCCACAGAGACCACCAAGUACUGGCAGUGCAAGUGGGAUGUUGAGCACUACCGACCUCACGGUGCCAAAUGGAGCUGGAAAUAGUCCAGUGGGGAAUGGAUUCAUAAACUCAAGGGCCUCUCCAAAUUUGAUUGGAAAUACUGGUGCAAAUAGUUUAGGCAAAGUCAUGCCUACAAAGUCUCCCCCUCCACCAGGUGGUGGCAAUCUUGGAAUGAACAGUCGGAAACCAGAUCUACGAGUUGUCAUUCCCCCUUCAAGCAAGGGCAUGAUGCCCCCACUUAAUGCCCAAAGGAUAAGCAGUUCUCAAGCUACUCAGCCUCUUGCCACCCCUGUAGUGUCUGUGACAACUCCAAGCUUGCCUCCGCAGGGACUGGUGUACUCAGCAAUGCCGACAGCCUACAACACUGAUUACUCUCUGACCAGUGCUGACCUGUCGGCCCUGCAAGGCUUCACCUCCCCUGGAAUGCUGUCUCUGGGGCAGGCUUCAGCCUGGCAACAGCACCAUCUAGGACAAGCAGCCCUCAGCUCGCUAGUGGCUGGAGGGCAGUUAUCUCAGGGUUCAAAUUUAUCCAUUAACACCAACCAGAACAUCAACAUUAAGUCAGAGCCAAUUUCACCUCCCCGGGAUAGAAUGACCCCAUCAGGCUUCCAGCAGCAACAGCAGCAGCAGCAGCAACAACAGCAGCAGCAGCAACCACCGCCACAACCUCCACAGCCCCAACCCCGGCAGGAAAUGGGGCGCUCCCCUGUGGACAGUCUAAGUAGCUCUAGCAGCUCCUACGAUGGCAGUGACCGGGAGGAUCCACGGGGUGACUUCCAUUCUCCAAUUGUGCUUGGCCGACCCCCAAAUACUGAGGACAGAGAAAGCCCUUCUGUAAAACGAAUGAGGAUGGACACAUGGGUGACCUAAAGUUUCCUGGUUUAUGUUUGUUCUUUGUGUUACUGCAGUGAACUGCCCUACAUAUCUUAAGUUGGUGAAUAAGGACAUGAGUUCAAUAUAUUUAUAUGUACAUACAUACAUAUAUAUCCCUUUACAUAUAUAUGUAUGUGGGUGUGAGUGUGUGUAUGUGUGGGUGUGUGUUGCAUAAACAAAAUCAGGCACUUACUGCAAAUUCCUUGUAGGUCUGCAGAUGUGUGUCCACACGGCAGACAAAGCACCCUGUAGAAACAGACCAGUCUGGCACUUCCUUGGACUACUUGUUUCGUAAGAUAAACAGUUUUUGCAGAAAAACGUGUACCCAUAUAUAAUUCUUCCACAUUAGCCUGCAGAAACCUAGGGGGCCCCCUAUUUGUUUUAUUUAACUGUGCGGUGACUGUAGUUACUUCAGAAAAAAAAAAAAAUGCUUUGUAGAACAGAGCAGUAGAAAAGCAGGAACCAAGAAAGCAAUACUGUACAUAAAAUGUCAUUUAUAUUAAUAACCCAACCUGGCAUGGGUCUAUUGCAAAGGGGUGCAUGGGAAAGGGCUGUUGAUAUUAAACAAACAAACAGUAAACAAAAAGCCCCACACAUAACUGUUUUGCACGUGCAAAAAAUGUAUUGGGUCAAAGAAGUGAUUUUUAGCUAAUAAAAAGAGAGAAUAGAAAACACGCAUGAAAUAUUCAGAAAUAGCCUAGAAAUAUAGAGCAUUAACAAAAUAAAUUAAUAUAUUAAGUUAUAAUUGGAAUAUGUCAGAAGUUUCUUUUACAUUCAUAUCUUUAAAAAUUAAAGAAACUGAUUUUAGGUCAUGUAUAUUUUAUAUGAAAGAAAACACCCUUAAUGAAUUGAUGACUAUAUAUAAAAUUAUAUCCACUACUUUUGAACACAUUC